AUGGUAUUGAUUGAUUUUUAUACGAACGAAUUGUCUGCAUCAACUAUGGCAGGAAUUCAAAAGAAAACGCGAUUUUUCCAUGGAUUAGGAAUGAUUUUAACGUGGUGUCUGUUAUUUCCGAUAUCAAUUUACAUUGUUCGAUUUCAUAAACACACCAACAAUUACUUAAAAAUACAUCGUUCCAUACAAGUGCUUGGUGGUAUUUCAAUAUCUACAUUCGGUGCCGCAGCAAUAGCCACAAUGAAAGAAACCAAAGCUCCGCAUGCAUGGAUGGGUUUAACUAUUUAUUCUCUUGUAUUUGUCCAACUGGGUUUGGGGUUUGCGGCUAUUUGGGGACAAGCCGCCGUUGUCUCG